AUGUCUGAUUAUGUUCACGAAGAUAUACCGGAGAAAAUCCUUCAUCGCCUUCCGCCCAAAAGCAUUGGAAAGUGUAUGGCAGUGUGCAAAUCAUGGAACCUUUUGAUAAAAAGCCACCGCUUCGUAUCCUCUUACCAACAAUGCUCCCUCUCCUCCACUUCUCUCUUCCUUGUCCAUCACUCACUUGAACACUAUUCUAUAUGCUCCCCAAAUAUCGAAUGCUGGUUUUCGCUUCCUCGUAUGCUGAGUACAUACCGUUUUGUGGGGGCUCUCAACGGCCUCGUUUGCUUCGCUACAUCCUAUGAUCGUGACGGGGUCAUCAUCGUGAAUCCUCGUUUGCUUCUCAACGGACAUUUACUACAUACUCAUCUUCCAUAUGGUGGAGGAGAAGUUCAGCAAGAUGGAGCUUCCACAAGUGUUGUCGGCUAUGUCCCAGAGACAUUUGGAUUUGGAUAUUACUGUGAUCGACGGUUGCCUCUCGCUUAUAGAGUACCUUAG